CCGGAAGGACCAAUCGCGCUCUCCCAGGGCAGGCGCGCCGGUGGAGGCGCCAGGAGGGCGCGCAGUAGCGGCGCCUCUGAUUCAAGGACUCGAGGAGAGUGCUUUACGUGAAGAUGCACAAACUGGGGGUUGUUUAAACCCAUGAGUUACUGAAACGUCGUCAGGGGCUCGUCCAAUCGGAAAGCAGACGGCCACUUGUCUUCUUGGUAUUUGAAAAGCAGUAGCCAAUGGGGCGGACUUUGAGAGACGUGAGUGAUAACUUCGUCAACCAAUAAGGAUUGCUGUCUCGCCGUAGGCGAACCGCCCUAACUCCGCCUCCAGCCAGUUUUGUGCACACAGCGUCAUAACUCGUCCUAUUUUACUAAAACCGAAAAGCCGAGCCGCGCUCAAGGUCUCACGCCGACACUGAACAAAAGUCACCGGCUCACCGAAGCACCACCCCAGGGCAAGCUGGUCCUCAGCCCAUUGGCCAGUCCUCAUGAUUGACAUCCUCUAGACCAAUAGCCUUCUGGCCUGGAGGGCGCGUUUCCCACACCUGGCCUAUGAGCGUCGGCUUCGGCCCAGCCAAUAGGAUCGAGGCAGGGGCGUGGCGGGAAGUUUGAAACUCCGGGAGUUGUGGCUCGAGCUGGUGGUGUUCUCCCAGAGGUCGACCUGGGGCCCCCCCGGGCCCCGUUGCCACCCCUAGUGGAGAUGGGUUCUACUCAGAGCAUCUCAGGCACUCCAGCGCGGCCUCUGCCACACAACAAGCAUCUGGCCCGGGUGGCGGACCCACGUUCACCCAGUGCUGGUAUCCAGCGCACCCCUAUUCAGGUGGAGAGCUCUCCACAGCCAAGCCUGCCAACAGAACAGCUGAACAGUCCCAAACAAGCGCAAGACCCAGACCCCCGCUCUCCUACUCUUGGUAUUGCACGGACACCCAUGAAGAUAGGUGGUACAGACCCUCAGAGUCCACUGGUGAAAGAGCUGAGUGAGGCUUUUGAGACUGAAGCCUCCAGAUCCAUUUCCCCGCCAGAGCUUCCUCUGCCCCAGCAAACACCUCUGUCUUCUGAACUGGACCUGCCUUUGGAUACUCAGUUAUCCCUUGAGGACCCGUUGCUGCCUUGGAGCCAGACUGAACUCCCCUCCAAACAGGAGUUUACCAAGGAGGAAGCUAAACAAUCCACAGAAACCAUAAUUGCCAGCCAGAACUUGGAGAAGCCCUCAAAAGAUCCUGAGACUCCCCAGUCUUCAGGUUCUAAGCGCACUAGACGGAAAGCAAACAGCAAGGUGCUUGGGAGAUCUCCUCUCACCAUCCUGCAGGAUGACAACUCCCCUGGGACUCUGACAUUACGGCAGGGUAAGCGGCCUUCUCCUCUAAGUGAAAAUGUUAAGGACCUAAAGGAAGGAGUCGUUCUUGGAACUGGAAGAUUUCUGAAAACUGGAGGAGGAGGAGCAUGGGAGCAAAGCCAGGACCAUGACAAGGAAAAUCAGCAUUUUGCUUUGAUGGAGAGCUAGGUCCAUGCUGGGUUCACCCAGAUCCUGGUGAUAGUCUGUGUUCUUCGCCCCUUCCCCAAGGGCACUGAGGAAAGUCUUGUUUUCUGGUUCCUCCCAGGCUACCACCUCUGGUACUUGGACCUUUUGUGUUUUGUUUUGUGUGUUUCUUGUACAGUAAAGGAGAUGAUUUUAAAUAAUGCUUUAGGAAAUUAGACAAAGCUGCACUGGGUCUUUUGUGUGGAGAAUGGCAGCCCGGGGGUCUGUGGGCCCCGGGUUUAUCUCUCUGCUGUCACUCCUGAGCCUCUUUUCUAUGCCGUACGUUUUGAUGUUCCCCAAGGCUUUGCCUUGGCCCCUCUCUCCUCUUCCCCUUUUGUUUGGGCUGAGCUAUUACCUGCUUUUGAGAACUUUCAGGUCCCUCUCUCACCCUAACUUUUAUUCACCUGCCACAUAAGCACUCAACGUUAGUUCCCUUAAAAUAAAAUGUAUGAUCUUUCCCUAAA